GAGCGGGUGUUUCCCAUGGAGCCUCGCGGCGGCGCGGCGCGGGCUGCGGGAAUGAGGUAAACGCGGGCGGGGCGCGCGGCAGGAAGCGGCGAGCGGAGCGCGGCGACCGGGCCCAUGGCGGACACCGUGGAAGUACAUGAGGAGCAUGAUACUUCUACUGAAAAUGCAGAUGAUUCUAACCACGAUCCUCAGUUUGAGCCUAUAGUUUCUCUUCCAGAGCAAGAAAUAAAAACUCUGGAAGAGGAUGAGGAAGAACUCUUUAAGAUGCGAGCAAAACUGUUCCGGUUCGCAUCUGAGAAUGACCUUCCAGAGUGGAAAGAACGAGGCACUGGUGAUGUGAAACUCCUGAAACACAAGGAGAAGGGAACAAUUCGCCUCCUCAUGCGGAGGGAUAAAACCCUAAAAAUCUGUGCAAACCAUUACAUCACACCCUUAAUGGAGCUGAAGCCUAAUGCUGGGAGCGACAGGGCAUGGGUGUGGAACACACAUGCUGACUUUGCAGAUGAGAGCCCCAAGCCCGAACUUCUGGCAAUCCGAUUUCUAAAUGCAGAGAAUGCACAGAAAUUCAAGGCAAAAUUUGAAGAAUGCAGGAAUGAAGUAGGCAAGAAAGCAAAAAAAGCAGGCACAGACAAAAAUGAUAGUGCUGAUAAAGUUGCUGAAAAACUAGAAGAGCUUUCUGUAAAGGAAGAGAGCAGAGAAUCUGAGAAGAAAGAGACCAAGGAGAAAACUGAAGAAAAGCAAUAAAAUCAUCCUGGGCCUUGCAGUUUUUCCUUUACUUUUUCCUUUUUUUUUCUUUUUCCAAUUUUUUGUAGGUUUUUUUUGUUUGGUUGGGGGUUUUUGUAGGGUUGUUUUUUUUGUUUGUUUGUUUUGGUUUGGUUUUGGUUUGGUUUGGUUUGGUUUUGGUUUUUUGUGUUUUUUGUUUUUUUUUUUUUUCUUUUUUACAAGGGACUUUAUAUGGAACUGAAUUCAACAUUCACAUUGAUUUUUCUAAGCUUUUGCCCUUUGGAAGGUGUCUUCAGAAAAAUUCAUUCCCCAGUCAUGAAGAUGUACUGUGCUAACUUUCUUUUCCAUAGUGGAAACACUUAUUUAUAGUCAUCCUAAAGAGUGAAUAAAAGAUUUAAAAAAACUUGAAAACAGCAUCAGGGGACAGAACUGAGUUUUCUGUACGCUGUAAAGGCUUAUGAAUACACUUGUUUAAUUGAGCUGCAUAUCAUACCUGUGGAUUAAGUAGGUUAACAGACUUUGUCAGCAGGGAAGAUCAGGAUUGCAUUUGUGUUUCUUACAUGGCUUCUAAACUGUAAUCUAACAGACCUUUCUCACCUGCUGCUGUGUGUACCUGAGCAGGGAAUGUGCUGUGCUUGAAAAGCAGCAGACUUCUGGAAUCAGGCAAUAUGAGCAUUCCUGGUACACUGCUGCUGAUGAUCCAUCAGACAGUGAAAAUGAAGGUGGGGCACAAAAUUGAUGAUGUCAGAUUUGAGAAGCAUUUUCUCUCACAAAACAAAAUCUGUGCUUCCUCCCCACCCCAAAUUUGUUAAUAGUACAAAGGCUUGAUUCUAGCAGAAAGCUCCUGCUGUUGUCCCAGAUCUUCCACAGUGCUGGUUGCUGGCUGUAGGCAGCAGCAGCCUGUUAUGCUGAGGUGUGUGCAAAGGAAUCUGAGCUGUUUGAGUACCUUGCUGUGAGAUUGCCCUUGCCAGCAUAUUGUUGUAGUCUCAAGAAUGUAUAGCUCUAAAAUGUGUAAGCUUUUUUUCCCAGGGAUUUGGAGCUCAUGUUUUUACAAACUGGAGGAGUUUUGAAUUUCUCAGAUGUUUGGUAGGGAGGCUGUCCCUCUUCGAGAGCAGUAGGCUGGAAUUCACUUUGGAAUAGUUAAUUAUGGUGCACAUGCUUGAGGGACACCCUCCUUGCCAGAAUGGGCAAAUUGGUCAAAUCUCUUCCCUGCAAAUCUUUUUUGUUUAUCCAAUUUCAAAGUAGGGCUAGAGAGUAAGAAAAUAAACUGUAGUAAGCAAUAAAAUCAACACAAUUAAGUCUGAUAGAUAAAUUGAAAUUUUUUGUUAAACACUAAUUCAAGGAUUGUGUUAGGAUAGAGAUGAAAUUUUAUAGUAGUUUCCAAAAUAAUUAUGAAAACUGGACAAAACUUCCUAAACUGUAAGACUGAAUGACGUUAACAUGAUCUAUUUGUCUUCAGAGGCUUUUAAUUCAGUCAGGUUCUGUAGUCUAUCUAAGGAAAAUAUAUUUUUAAAAAAUAAAUCAUGUAUUUCUUCUUAGCACUGCCUUUUGAUGCUACAGUGAAUGAGUGUUAAAUCUAGAACUGUAAUUAAGGUACUCCAUUCAAACAAAAUAAUUCCUUUGGUGUUUUGCACAUUUCCCUUCAACUACAGCAGAUAUCAAAAGUCUGUUAAUUAACAAAUAUGGUUGAAAGGCAAAAUAAAAUGCUCUUUAGUGUUUCUGGUUUGGAAAUAACAAGACAAAGCUAUUUUGAAGUAUUUAACAUUUGAAUGUAAAAGCCAAAUCUUUAUCCAUGAAUCACUGUAAAUGAUCUGAUAAUGUCAAACUGUGUCUCAAUUGAUAGAAAUUACUUAAAAAUUUCAAAAUAAACUUAAAUUUUCAUUUAAA